AUGGAUAUUAAGAUUUUAGAUGGUGGAUUUGGUUCGCAAUUAUCCACUCAUGUUGAUGCAAAGAUUGACGGUGAUCCUUUGUGGACAGCAAGAUUUUUAGCAACAAACCCUAAUGCAGUUUAUGACACGCAUUUAGAUUUCCUGCGAGCAGGUGCAGAUAUUAUUGAAACAAGUACGUAUCAAGUUUCAGUAUCUGAUCUAAUGAAAUAUUUAUCUAUAACUGAAGAAGAAGCUAUAAAGCUGUUACACAAGGCUGUACAUCUUGCUAAAGCUGCAGUGAACGAUUAUACCAAAGAAAUUAAAGACAGUGACAAUGUUGAAAACAGACAUCCUAUGAUUGCUGGCUCCUGUGGACCAUACGGAGCUAGUUUGCACGAUGGUUCAGAAUAUAAUGGAGCUUAUGGUAAAACAACGUCUCGCAGUAUCAUUAUUGAAUGGCAUAAAUCACGUAUAAAUGCUCUCAUUGAUGCUGGUAUAAAUUUAUUAGCGUUAGAAACUAUACCAUGUUAUCAAGAAGCAGAAGCAUUAAUAGAACUUUUAAAAGACUAUCCAAACGUUAAGGCGUGGCUUUCGUUUUCUUGUGAAAAGGGCUCUCAAAACAUAGUAGACGGAAGCAAUUUCCAAGAAGUUGUUUUACACUGCUAUAGAAAGGCAUUGCCGGGGCAAAUAAUUGCCGUUGGUGUGAAUUGUAUUGCUCCAAAAGAUGUAACACCUUUAUUAAGAAAUAUCAAUAUGGGGUCAGCAAAUGAAUUUAUACCAUUAAUCGCAUAUCCUAACAGCGGUGAAAUUUAUUUGCCAACGGAAGGUUGGAUAAAAAACAAAAGUUGUGCUUCAUUCGGAAGUUUUAUUCCCGAAUGGUUAGAGCUUGGAAUACGAUAUCUUGGAGGUUGUUGCAGAAUGUAUGCAGAAAAUAUAAGAUCAAUCAGAAAAGAAGUAAACAAUUUUGAGAAAAAUAGAGCCAUAAUGGAUUAA